CCCUGACUAAAAGUCAGAUGUCAAAAGCAAAUAAAGUAAAAACAAUAACACAACAAGAAGUGCAGGAUUUGUUUGGAUUAAAAUAAAUAAAUAUUUUUCAAGUCGAUUUAACAAAAUACAUCUAAAAUGGGUAAAAGACAACAUCAAAAGGAUAAAAUGUACCUGACGUACACGGAGUGGUCCGAACUUUAUGGCGGCAAGAAAGUGGAGUCUGCGGAAAAUGAGCACAUCAAAUUCAAGCGCCUUCCCUUUGAUCAUUGUUGCAUUACGAUGGUACCAUUCGACACUCCCUACUGUGAUGUUGAUGGCAAUGUUUUCAGUUUGGAGGCGAUCCAUGCAUUUAUCAAAACAUUCAAGGUAAAUCCCAUUACCGGCAAAUCACAAGAUGCGAAAGUUUUGAUAAAGUUAAAUUUCCACAAAAACGCUGAUGGUGAAUAUCAUUGUCCAGCACUAUUCAAACCUUUUACAAAAAAUUCACACAUUGUUGCACUUGCCACAACCGGCAAUGUGUACUCAUGGGAGGCGAUUGAACAGUUGAAUAUUAAAACGAAAAAUUGGAAAGAUCUCAUUGAUGAUUCACCAUUUCAACGCAAAGAUAUUAUAACCAUACAAGAUCCGCAUCACUUGGAAAAGUUUGACAUCUCACGGUUUUUCCAUAUACGCAAAAAUAUGCGUGUGCUCUCCGAGGAGGAGCAAUUGGAACGUAAAGAUCCCACCAAACGCAUAAAAACAAUGAAUUUGGAAACCAGAGAAACAUUAGCACAACUGGAGAAAGACUAUCAACCACCGGAAGAGGCGCCAAGUACUUCCAAGCGCACCGCCGAUAAAUUCAAUGCAGCACAUUAUUCUACAGGCGCAGUGGCGGCAAGUUUCACUUCCACUGCCAUGGCGCCUGUUUAUAAUCAUGAAGCGGCUAUAAUUGAAGAUGAUUUAGUGAAAUAUGAACGUGUAAAGAAGAAGGGUUAUGUACGCCUGCAAACCAAUUGUGGACCUUUAAAUUUUGAAUUGUAUUGUGAUGCUGUGCCUCGUGCUUGUGAUAACUUUAUACGUCAUUGCAAUGAUGGUUAUUAUAAUGACACCAAAUUUCAUCGUUCAAUACGAAAUUUUAUGAUACAAGGAGGUGAUCCAACUGGAACUGGUACUGGCGGUACAUCGAUUUGGGGUAAAAAGUUCGAUGAUGAAUUCAAACCCAACCUCUCUCAUUCGGGUCGCGGAAUGCUCUCAAUGGCGAACUCUGGUCCAAAUACAAAUGGAUCGCAGUUCUUUAUAACAUAUCGUUCCUGCAAGCAUCUAGAUGGGAAACAUACAGUUUUUGGGAAACUAGUUGGUGGCAUGGAUACUUUAACACAAAUGGAAAAAAUUGAAGUGGAUAAUAAGGAUCGUCCAAUUGAAGACAUAAUCAUAGAGUCUGUACAAGUAUUUAUUGACCCAUUCAAAGAAGCUUUAGAAGAAUUGGAAAAGGAGCGUGCCGCAGAAAUAGAAAAACAAAAGCAAGCCGCUGCUGAAGUCAAGAAACAGAAACGUUUGAAUGAACCGCUGAAAGUCUAUCGACAGGGUGUUGGUAAAUAUUUGAACUUAACGGAGGUGAAAGCCAGUGGUGCAGAUAACACUGCGAAACAUGAUGCCACAAAAAAGAAGCACAAAUCUGUGGGUAAAGGAGCAUUCGGAGAUUUUUCUACAUGGUAGACUUAGUUUUAUUCAUAAGAUUAGAAUUGCUAUAUAAACGACAAGUUAACAAAUUAA